CGCGACCGCCUCGCCCCGGCUGCGGCCGCGGGUCCCGGCGCCGCCAGGCUCAGCUCCAGCGCCCUGGAGAGGCUGGAGACCAAAGUUCACCUCCUCAAGCAGGAGAUGGUUAAUCUCCGAGAUACUGAUGUCAAGCUCAUGCGCCAGCUGCUCAUCAUCAAUGAAAGUAUUGAAUCAAUCAAAUGGAUGAUUGAAGAGAAGGGAACCAUCGUGAGCAGAGGCAGUAGUUUGAGUGGCAGUCUAUGCAGCUUGCUAGAGAGUCAGGAGACUUCCCUGCGAGGCAGUUAUAAUAGUUUACAAGACUGUAGCGAUGGACUGGAUGGAAUAUCAGUGGGAAGUUAUCUGGACACUUUGGUGGAUGAUGUCCCUGGUCGUCACACCCCUUCAGACAUGGACCAGUUCAGUGAUCCUGCUAUUCUGGAGGACUCACAAGCUCUGCAAAAGCAUCCCAAAAUUGAUUCUGAUGAGUACUACUGCUUUGGUUAAUAAAAGGAGUUCCCAAACAAUGGGAGUGCACUUGUCCCUCUCUUAUGCUGCUAUUUUAUUUUGUGUGCAAAAGGAAGAAAAGAAAAAAAAUCCCUUUUUUAAUGAAAAAUUUAAUUUGAGAACUUUCUUGUUGCUCCUAACAUUUCUUCUUCUGGGUGGUUGGUUUGCUUUUUCCUUUUUUGUAUCUUAAGUUAUUGCUGUGAUUUUGUUUCUUUUGUUUUAUAAUGCCACAUUUACACAUUUUUUAAAAAGGUGAGGGAACAGCUUUAUCUUCAAAAUAAGACAUCAGGGAUUGAAAGGACUAAUUUUGAAUUUGUUUGACAAUAAAAUACUUUCUGAUAUCUA